UCAAGAUAGUUUUUUUUUUUAUUUUCUUUUUUCUUGCCCCACCGGUUUUAUCGAAGCAUGCGGUGACACAGUGAAAAACUAUUGUAGUUGUUAAGCCCUAGUGUGAACUAUGGAGUUGCAGGCGUGCUGUUAGAUGGUGGUAGGUCAAGCAGCUGGUUGAUGGGAAAGAUACAUGGGAGAAGACUAAGGGACAGAGGGGAAGUCGUUUUAUUGAGAGUGUUCGGUUGCUGGAGCAUUAGGUUACUGACUCGUAACUUGUUCCUCAAGUAUUUCAAGAUUCAUAUUUGGAAUGAUUCAAUAAUGGGGUUGUGGGGAUAACCUUGUUGCCUCAUCUUAAAUGGAAAGGGGGAAAAGUAAAAGGUGCUUAGAUGGUUCGAAGUUUUGAGGGAUGGAGUGUACGAGUUGAAGGUGCUUUCUUCCGACCAUUUUGUUUUGGUGUUGGGUACUCAGCCCUAACUGGUUUUAGCAUAGAUAACAGAGAAACUGGGAUUUACAUGCCUUUCUUUCUGCGGGUAGCAAUGGUUGAAGCUUUGAUGGGGCUCUCUGUGUUGUGAUUUUCCAAGCAAGGACGGUGGUGCACAAGUUCUUCCUUGCUGGGCAUCUGUUGUGCUAUGGAGUGGAACUUUAAGAAUUCCUUACAGUGGGAUUGGGAGAACUUUGGUUUAUUUAGUGGAAAAGAAAGCGAAAUUUCGAAAUCUACAGAACAAUCUGAGUGGAAGGCUGAAGGUGGAUCAAUCAGCAAUGGCUCUCUGUAUUCAUGCGGCAGUGGCACCUGUUCUGGGUCUGAACUGGGCAAUGGUUCGUCAAAGAAAUCAGUCCCAACUUCCAUCAGCUUCUUAUCAAAGACGGGAAAUAAAACAUCAGAGGGUACCUUAGAAGCUCUCCAAGUUACUCUUAAUAACCAAAUCAAGAGUAAUCAAAUGGCUCAAGGAGAAGAUCGAAGGACUUCCCCUGUGAUUGUUGGAUGUGUUAGUUCUGGGGAGCCACCAAUAGGUCUGAAACUUGGCAAAAGAACUUAUUUUGAAAAUUUAGGUUCUGCAAACAUUAAGAACUCUUCAGUUUCUUUGACUCCACCAGCUGCUUCUAUGAAGAGAUCUAGGGCAUCACAUCAGGCUAUUCAGCAUACUUACUGCCAGGUUGAGGGCUGCAGUACUGAUCUAACUUCUGCAAAAGAUUACCAUCGCAAGCACAGAGUUUGUGAAAAACAUUCUAAAAGUCCGAGGGUAAUUGUUGCUGGUCAAGAACGUCGUUUUUGUCAGCAGUGUAGCCGGUUUCAUGAUUUAUCCGAGUUUGAUCAGAAGAAACGGAGUUGUCGUCGACGCUUAUCUGAUCAUAAUGCGCGGCGGCGCAAAGCACAACCUGAAACAAUCUCCUUCAAUCCAUCAAGGCUUCCUCCAUCCUUUUAUGAUGAAAGACAGCAGAUGAACUUUUUUCUGAAUUUAGCUCCAUUUAGUCAUGUAAAACCUUCUACAAGCACUUUGUUGGAUCAGUCAAAUGGCUUCAGCCUUUCAAUAAGAAAAGGAUCUUGGCUUAAGACAACCAAAGCAGGUGUUGAGGGACAGUUAAAUUUGCCUGUGAUGGAUUUCUCUAAUACAAAUACGGCUUCUCGUGAUGAAUUUAACAGGUUUAUGCCAUUCAAGUGUACCGCGAGUGAGGUCCUUAAUCAAGAUCAGGAAGCUUAUGUGCAUACUUCUAACUUGAAUGGAGCACCGGAACUUCGGCGUGCUCUCUCUCUUCUGUCAAGCGAUGCCUGGUGCCCGUCCAGCACGGCGCAAACCAAUAUGAACCAGUUAGCGAAUGCCGAUCCCAUAGUCACAUCUCAUCUUCGAGCUCAGCUGGCGAACUCGGCACCUCAAUGUUGGCAGGAUGAUAAUUCUCUGCCUGAGCAAACACUACCUUUCAACUUACAUGGCAAUGGAACUCACCUUCAGGAUCUGCAACUCAGCAAAGCUCCAUAUGAGACCUCCUUUUAUGAAGCCACUCAGGUUUUCUCCAAAUCAGAUGGCCAUUUUCUGGAGUUCAAGACUUGAGAAGGUUUGUAAUUCCAUAUGGUCUUUUAGAUUUUUGCUUGAUUUUCAUACAUAUCACUUAAUUCAUAUGUAUAUUUACAUAUCCAUCACCACCUAAACUUCAGUUUUCCUACAUUGAUGUCACCUUGCAUAUGGAUGAGAAGGGUCUAAAUAUCCUAGUUGUAUUAAUGUAAACGGUGGAGUUUAGAUAUUAGGUAUGUAAAUACAUGGGAAUUAUCAUUUUGAAAAGAAAAAAGAAUUGAUUUUAAUAUGGAUAUAUAUGGAUCAAAAUGCAGGCAUAUUGUAUAUUUGCAAAUUUCCUAUGUCCUGAAAAAAAAAAAAGAAAUUGCAAUUACUGACCCAUUGAAGAUGGUGAAUAUCCUAACAUUUAGCUCAUGAUUUUGCUCUCCCUCAAGCUGAUUGGAUGGAAAUCAGAUUAGUGAUAGAUAUCUGCUUAUGAUUCUGCAGCUUGCCUUUGCUCCAUAUCUGCACAAGUGACCAAAAAAUUUCAGUCAAUUUUCUGUUAUUUUGUUGCUGUUUUUUUUUUUUUAAUGCUGAUAUAAAAUGAAACCUGUUGCAAUUUGAAUUUUUAGAUGUAAAGGCCAACAUAAUCACAUGGCAUCAUCAUGAGAAAAUUAACAGGAAUGUAUCAGUGUGACACUUUAUUAUUAUUUUUUUAGU